CUCUGCGAGACAAUGAAGGAUACACACACCCUGCUUAAUCUGCUUCUGCUGCUAGUGUACCUAGCAGGAUCAGCUUUGACCACUGACGGAGGGAGUGGCAGUACCAAUGGUCCCUUGGAACUAACCAUUGUGGGACCUGACUUUGUUAAAGUGGGUGUGCCACGCAGCUUUGACUGUGCUGCCCAGUGCUCUCCCUCCUGUAGCUACAGAAUGAGUAUCGACGGGCAGAUUUGGCAUGGCAACGAGCUGUUGUUCACAGCUCGCCAAUGGGAGGAGUCCCUAACCCUCACAUGCACUGCAAGGAAUGAUGACUCUGGGAGGUCCUCUACAGUAACAAAGAUACUGCAGGUUUUAGCUGGACCUACCAACGUAUCGAUCACAAGCCCUGCCCUGAUGACCCCAGGGGUCCCUGAAAGCUUCCAGUGUAACGCAGACUGCCGUCCCUCCUGCAACUACACCUGGAAGAUAAAGGGCCGAUGGCUCGGGGGGCAGGGGAACAAGAUUACUGUAACUCCCGAAGAGUUGGCCACCUCUGCUACCCUGAACUGCAAGGCCAUCAACAGUGUGUCUGGGCUCUAUGCCAUGGCAACCAAGACAAUUCCUGUAACAUCUGGUCCAUCAGAGGUCCACAUCAUCGGCCCAGACUCUGUUGCAGUCGGCUUCAAGUCCAUGUUUCAGUGCACUGCCAAAUGCUCUCCCGCUUGUGACUACCACUGGACCAUUGAUGGUCACACUGUCCACGGUAGUGAGAUGGAGAUGACGGUCGAGCAAAAUGUGAAGUCAGAGAAGAUUAUGUGCCACGCUCAGAAUACGGUCUCAACUCAUUUUGAGGUGGUCACCAAGUCCGUACGGGUGGAAGAGAAUGACAAAAAGAAGAUCCUCUCCAAAAAAUAUGAUUGUCAAGCUGUGUCCAGUUUGUGUUUGUCCAAGAAGACCAUCUCUGGAAGGAAGCAUCAGCAUUGCACAGCAGCUGAAACCUGGUCCCGAUUGAGUCCGAACAUACCUUGCUGACAACAGGAAUAGAGACUGAAAAUAGACAAGACAUUAAAACAUUGAAUACUUGCUACAGUGACUUCAGAAUGUAUUCACACUCCCUGACUUCCACAUUUUGUUAUGUUGGAGUCUGAUUUUAAAAUAGAAUACAUUUCAAUUUUUUGUCACUGGCCUACACACAAUACCCCAUAAUGUCAAAGUGGAAUUAUGUUUUUGAUAUAUAUACACUACUGUUCAAAAGUUUGGGGUCACUUAGGAAUGUCUUUGUUUUUGAAAGACAAUCACAUUUUUUGCUCAUUACAAUAACAUCAAAUUGAUCAGAAAU